AGAUGAAAUGCACCAAUUAUUGAAUUGGCAGCGCUGAUCGACUUCUGAAUUGAGUUCGUGGGAUCAUGAAUGCUUGAUUUUUGGACGGCUGCCAGGACGAGGAGGACGAUAAACGAUGGACGGUCGCAGACCUCUUUUCUCAACCUGAAUGUGUGCAAGUUAUCGGUACGGAAAUACCAAAAUAAAUACCAGACAAAAGCAGAGAAAGGAGGAAAGUCUCCAUUAGCUGAACGAAAGAAAUCGAAAUGCCUUCCAGCUCCAGCCAACAAACUCUCCCCGUUGUGCAUGCUAAGCUCAGCACGCAAAUGGGCAUUCUUUUCGGCUUCGUCGCCAUUUUCAUCGUGAUCUUGAUUUCGUACAGCACGGUCUGGUGGCUAUAUAACAAGAGGGAAGAGAGACAGGAGGCGCAGAGGAAGCAGGAUCUGAUUGACAGAGGCUUCGGUCCUUCGGGAUACAGUGAUGAGAAGAAGAAUAUACCUGCGCAUGGCCAGGGUGCGGACAUUUGAGGUGAAGUGGUUGGGGAAUGGGAAGACAAUUCAAAGUGUAUUGGUAAAAGUGUAGCGGGAGAUCAGGCAAUAGCGGGGGAAAUUAUACCAGAUAUGUUUGUGUGGAAUGGAAUG